AUGGCUAAUUCAGCAGAAUUAUCAAUAGCUGCGAAAUGGAUUCAACAAUCUUCGUCGAUAUUAAUCGCUGCCGGUGCAGGUUUAUCAGCUUCAGCAAUUAAUCCACAAUAUGGUGUUGGUCUUGAUUAUACAUCUGUAGGAGCAUUUCGUCGUCUUUAUCCUCGUAUGACUCAAGUAUCGUCAAUGCGAUGUAUGUACGACGCCAUUGGUAAACAUGAUUGGUCUCCAGAAUUAAUGUGGGGUUACCUAUUUACACAUGUCAAUAUAUGUCGCUACAAUUGGGGUGCAACAUCUGUUUAUCAAGAUCUUAAACAGAUCUUAUCGAAUAAAUCAAUUGAUUCAUUUGUUGUAACAACAAAUGCUGAUGGAAUGUUUGAACAAAAUAAAUUUGAUAUGACUCGUUUUCUAAGUACACAAGGUGAUUAUUCCAUUCUUCAAUGUUUAAAACCAUGUUCACGUCAAUCUGUAUAUGAUGCUCGUCCAUUUAUUGACCGUGGCUUACCUCAUGUUGAUCCACAAACAAUGGAAGUACCAUCGCAAUAUGUUCCAAAAUGUCCAAACUGUGGUGGACGAAUGUUUUUCUGUGUACGCGGUGGUAAUUGGUUCAUUGAAUCAGCUUUUGAUGCUCAACGAAAGCGUUAUCAUGAUUUUAUUCAUCGAGCAAUUCAUAAAAAAACUGAACUAUUUACAAUUAUUGAAAUUGGUGUAGGUUUUAAUACACCAAGUGUACUUCGUUGGCCUAUGGAUCAAUUAGUUAGUGAGUUUCCAAAUGUACGACUUAUUCGUAUAAAUAUGCAUGCACCCGAUGUACCUGAUCAUGCUCGAAAAGAAAAGCGAGCAAUUGGAUUUGAUGGAGAUGCAGCAAAAAUUAUUGAACAAUUGAAAAUUAUAAGUACAUCAUGA